AUGGACCCGGUGAAUUUGAAAAAAUUAGAUUCCAACCAUUUUGCAUUUGAAUGUAUCAAGGAUUUAAUUGGAAAACCACCAACAGAUGGAACCCAACGUUUGCGAAAAGCUGCCGAUCAAUUCAGCGAUGUUCUUCCGCUCAAAAUUAACGAAAUAGAACUCGGCCGUGGAGGAUUUGGAACAGUUUACGCGGGGACUUAUGAAGGGAAUAACGUUGCCGUCAAAAAGAUUCCAAUUGCGUUGAUGAAUCAUCACGAAACCGAAGAUCAAAAACGGGAAGUGGAGGAGCACAUCCGGCUGGAUCACGAAAAUGUCAUCAAACUUUUGCACUUCGAGGAAGAUAAGGACGUGAAAUACAGGUAUUUGGUGCUGGAAUUGUGUGCCGGGACCCUGACAGAUUAUUGCGAUGGUAAUAACUACAACGGACCGGAAUUGCCGCCGAAUGGUAUAGUCUUGUAUCAAAUCGCCAGUGGAUUGCACUACAUCCACUCCAAAAAGUUGGUCCAUCGCGACGUCAAACCGGACAACAUCCUCGUCUCAAUCACAACACCCGUUCAGAUGAAAUUGUCCGAUUUCGGAUUGGUCAAGAAAGUGAGUUCCCGGGGGACAUUUUCACAGAGUAAAUUGAAAGGAACUGUCAAUUGGAUGGCGCCCGAAAUGUUGGAGCUUUUAGAUGACGACAGUCGUGAUUCCACGCCCAAGGAACUUCCGCACGGAACAAUCCAAAGCGACACAUUCGCGGCCGGCUGCGUCUUUUUCUACUUCCUGACUGGCGGUAAACAUCCGUUCGGCAACAACGUCACAGUCCCGGCCAAUAUUUUGCAAAAUAAACCUGGAAACCUGAUGGAACUCGUCCGUCAGCUCAAACAGCAAAAUAUGCAAUCCGACGAUGAACUUGUUUUUCUCUACAAUCUGAUCGGGAAAAUGAUUCAAAAGGAAUUAAAGGAAAGAAUGGCACUGCCAGAUGUCAUAAAAAAAUUGGUGGCGAUAUUACCUGGUAAAUUUAAGGAAGUUGUAAUGCCAAUAUUGGAGGAUGCUGGAUAUUGCGUCAGUCGUUUCCACCCGACCGAUCGGGUACUAGCCUGUGGCGUUGCCGGUAAAGUGAUUUAUUUGUCGACGGCCGAUUCGUCCAUUCUUUUUUCUUAUUGGAAGGAGGACGAAAUUUUACUUCAACAUGGAAAAAUCAAAGAAAUUCAACCAAUGGAAUGGAAUAUGGACGGUACCCAAUUGGCUGCCAUCUGCAACAGUGAUGAGUGUGACGUCAUUGUGUGGAGUUAUCCGUUUAUUGGCGAAAUUCUCUUUCAGAUGAAUCUACCAAAAUGGAUGGAUACAAUUGAGUGGAAUCCCUUCAGACCCAACGUCUUCGCUAUUUUCAAUAGAGGAUUGUCUUUUCAGUUUGGAGGAAAAAAAGUUUUUCUCUUAAGUUCUUCGCCCGUCGUUCAUCAAAGAAAAUUUCACUUCUGCACAAUCGCACGCGAGAAAACGAUCGGGAGUGUCAAAUGGAUCGCCGAGAAUCGACUCGCUCUCAACUUAAAAAAUAGCGAUAUUGAAAUUUGGGAAAUUGACGAAUCGGCGGCAACCGCAAAAUUCGUUAAACGGUUGGGAUGCGAGUGGAUAACAGAUAUGGUAUGGGAUGAAAGGACAAAGUGUUUGGCCGCUUGCUCAUGGGAGGGAUGGAUAAAGAUUUGGCCAAUGGACAGCGAACAACCCGUUCACACCCUCGAGGUUGGCGGCAUUUGUUGUAGUUUGACUUGGUUGAAGAACUUUGAAAAAACCAAGGGCAAGGGAAUGGACGACGCGGCCAGGCAAUCGCCGGCACAUUUCAUUUGGCCAAGUGAGUGUAUUUAA